CUUACCUGCCACUUAUUUGAGUAAAUAUUAUUUAUUUACAAAAAAAAACCCCGGAUUUAAAAAACCUAUAUUUCUUUAUUCAAUUUCAAUAAUUCCUUUGGCUCCUCUCCUAAAGUUUCAAUUCCGUCUUCAUCAUUUAUUUGCUAUUUGGGGGAUUCCCCUGCUUCAGUUUCCCACCGGAUUCUCUGAUUUUCUCCACUCUUUCUUUCUCUGUUUCUCGGCGGGGUGUUCUGUGGUGUAUUGUGUGUUUCUGCGAGUCUGGGAGCUUUGGAUCUCUUAAAUGUUUUGCUCAUUCCAUGCUCAGAUCUUAUUUGUACUUCUUCAAAAAUUGAGGUUAGCAAACGAAGAUCUCCAUUUCUCUCCCUCUCUUUCUCUGCAGCUUCUCUGUUCUUCUUCUUUUGACCGUUUGGGCCAAUCUCCUUCGCUAUGGCUACGCUAGCUGGCUAGGGUUUGUGUUCUAUUCGGAUCUGUAGAGAACUAACUGGUUAAAAAAGAAGAAACAUUCUCAGCUUGCCUUCAUUUCCCGUUUCUGCCCCCACCUAGUUGGUUGCAGAAAGUUAGGGUUUUGAAUUUCGGGGGAACCCAUGAGCAGCACUUCAAUCUCAGUUGAUUGUGCUUGAUAAUUGACUGCAAGUGCAAACCUUAAUUCUGGGCUGUGAUUAAUUUGAGCUGAAUUAUGUAGUUUCUCAUUCCUUGUCUGUGGUUCACAGGUAUUCCAUUUUUGCCCUUCUAUCGUCCCUGACUUCCUUCGUCCAACACCUCUGAACAUUUUGCCAAGAGAGGGUCCAAUUUCAGCUUAAUAAAGCUGCGGGCUUUACUAUCUUGGCAUCUUGGUCUCUGAUUCAGGUACCUCCCCUUUAUUUUUGUCCUUUCAGUUGUCCCUUUCAUUUUCGUUGGCAUUGUCGUACAAUGGCUUUUUUCUUGUCUGUAGUAGCUGGAUUUUGUGUUAAGCGAACUGAAAGUUUCGAGUGUUUUUUUUUAUGGUAAUUAAUUUCAUGUCCGACAUAGCGCCAUUUCUGUUUUGCCCCUUCUCGAUGACUUCGUAUUUAAUGUGUUUAUGGUUGCAAUAAAUGCUGCCAUGUUUUCCAUUUAUGGAGAUGGAGAUUCUGGUUGGUCAACAAAAUAAGUUGUGUGCAAUAGGCUUACCUCUUCCUUUUGGUUACUUCAUCAGCUCUCUAUCCUUUUGGAUGCUACGGGAUGUUGAAUGUUUGGAUUUUAGAACUCCUUGUGUUUAAUUUUAUUGAUUUGAUAUCAUCCCUCUUCAGCUUUAUUAGGGCUUGGGACUUCAAGUUUUGUUGUUCUUUCUUCCAGGUUUUUUAUUUUUGCUGUUUCAUCAGCUAUCAGUCUGUUCACACGAAGAUAUCAGAGCAUUUGCCAAUAACAACGCCCUGUUUUGAUCACGCAAACCUGUGAGCAAUCUGUUUUGGCAACUUGGUCUGAUUCAGGUAUGCAAAUGAAAAUCCCUUAGUGGAACUUCUACAUGAAAAAUGUAUAACUAGCUAGUUUUGUCUCUUUUGAUCGAAUAAACUGUGAAGAAGAAAGCGUCGAUCGAGUAAAGUUUGCUUCUGUCGUUUCUGUGAACAAAGACCGACUGUAUAUUGUCGUUUUUCUUUUCCAUCUGUUUGAUUAGUGGUUUGAUUAGCGGGCUUUUAGCUGUUAAUUUUAUCAGCAUUACAACACAUCACUGUUAGGUUGUUCUUUCCCCACUAGAGUUUUCGGUGUCUCAAGUGAUCAUUUCGAAUGAGGGAGCUCCUCAUAAUUUGCGUUGUAAGUGAUGUUCUUAAACAUUCUUGUUUUGUGAUCUUUUUAUAAGAGAAGUACAUUGACUUGCCUAGUUUUUGAGGGUUUAACUUUUUCUAUUUCGAUCUUUGGGUUUGUAGUUCUUUUACAAAGUUGUUUAUCUAUUGACAUUGUGACAAAUCACCCAUACGUUAUUAUUUUUGAGAAUUUUGAUGGGUCACUCGAUUGAGAGUUCUUUUGUCGUUGGCCCAUUUAAUCUACCUGGGAAGGGAGCUGCAUGUAAAUUUCAGUUCUAGUUUGUGGUUUUGCGCCGCGCCUACUGGUUUUUCAUUUUCAAUUUGGUAACCGUCGUUGACUUCAAUAGAUGGAAGGAUUUUUAUUAUCCAACUCCAGGUUUGGCAUCUUUGUUAACUUUUCAGUUUUUCAGAAAACUUCACUGAUUGGUUGUUCUCUUUAGAGAGAUUUUGGUUGGUCAUUAGAGCGAGCAUUUUGUAGUUGGUCCACAUGUUCGUUUCAAGGAAGGGAGCUGCUUGUAAUUUCUCGUUCUAAUUUGUCGUUUUGCGCCUGCUGGUUCUGCAUUUUCAAUUUGGUAAAAGUCAUGUCAAUCAAUGGAGUGUUAUUUAUUUUCUCUAUCCGUAUUUGGUCUCUGUAGCUACAGAAUUUAAUUUGCUUCAUGCUGCUGAGCUGUUAUUGGUGAACCGUUCUAUAUAUAGUGAACUUUUGAGGUCUCCAGUUGUUAUUCAGUGACCUUGUUUCAUAUACAGUGUGAACGUCUGAGAUUGUCUUGACCAGUGCUGCCCUUUUCCUUAUAUUUUCUCUUUGUCUUCUUCACUGGUAAUUAUCUAUUUCUGAAAAUAUAAGGUGAAUUGUGGUGUCUUGGCCAUCAGGUCUUUUGCUUGCAUAGUCCAAUUUGUUUCUAUGUGCUUUGGCUGCCCUUUUCAUUUCUUUCCCAUAAACAAUGGAUACUUUUACUGGACUUAUUGUUUGUCUUGCUUCUCUAAAGAGUUUUUUGAAAGAGAUUGAACGCGUGAGAGAGAUUGAGUGCAAGUAUUGAAAAGCUAUGGAGAAAAAGGCGGUGCCUUCACGUUUAUUUGGUGUUUGCCUUUUGCUUUUCCCCCAUUGAUUUCUGUCCUGUUUGAUUGAAUGAUUUUCAGCUAUAUGAUACGGUGUUUGCCUUCUUUUUAUUAGGAGAUGAGUCGCAUGACAAAUGAAGGCAAAGAUUCUGUUCUCCCCAAGGAUCAGAUAGAAUCUCCACUGGUCGAAGAAGGAAAUUCUGCUAGAAAUAUAAAUGGGGAAAUGAAUCUCAAGAAAGGUCCAUGGACAGCUGCAGAAGAUGCAAUCUUGAUGGAGUAUGUGAAGAAACACGGGGAAGGGAACUGGAAUGCGGUUCAGAAGCAUUCUGGUCUUUCUCGUUGUGGAAAAAGCUGUAGGUUGAGAUGGGCUAACCACCUGAGGCCAAACUUGAAGAAAGGAGCAUUUACCCAGGAAGAAGAACAGCUAAUCAUCGAGCUUCAUGCCAAAAUGGGGAAUAAGUGGGCUCGCAUGGCCGCUCAUUUGCCUGGACGUACAGACAAUGAAAUAAAGAAUUACUGGAACACCAGAAUCAAGAGACGUCAAAGGGCUGGUUUACCUCUUUACCCCCCUGAAGUCUCCUUGCACCCAUAUCGGGCUAGUCAACAGGGCUUAAACAUAGGUGGGACAAGUUACAGGUCUAAAGGACAUCAUGACCACCUCUUGCACAGCUGCUAUGAUAUCCCUGAUGUCCCAUUUGACAGCUUAAAACCCAGUCAGGGGAGGAUAUCUAACUCUGCUCCUGAACUUCCUGAUAACAUUACUCCAAGUGACAUGCUGAUGAAAGGGACGGGGGGUUCUCGAUAUGAUAGCUUCAGUUCUCCGUUGAUGUAUCAUGGUCAGAAACGGCCUCGAGAAUCAUCAACUUCUGUGUCAUACAGUGGUAGUGGGAGAAAUGAUUUCUUAUUUUCUGAGUCCUUUGGCUUGUCCUUCCCAUUCGAUUCUGAUCUAAACAGCACCAAUAAGAUCCAACAACAGCAACAACUUGGUGAUGAUCAGGACGGCCAUACCCUUUCAUAUGGCAACAACUUCUCUGCUUCUAAGCCAACUACUGCGGCUAUGAAGUUGGAGCUCCCUUCACUCCAAUAUUUCGAUUCCGGUAGCUGGGGAGUAAUAUCUUCUCCACCACCUCUCCUUGAAUCGGUUGAUACUUUUAUCCAAUCUCCACGUGCUACUGGUACUACUGUUGGGUCAAAUUGUCCUUCUCCUCGUAAUAGUGGCCUACUGGAUGCUUUACUUCAUGAGGCAAAAGCUCUAAGUAGUGCUAAGAAUCAUUAUUCUUCCGAGAAGAGUUCGAAUUCCUCAACAGUUACCCCUGGUGAUAUUGCAGACAGUUCGACCCUGAAUGCUUGUGAUGCAGCAGAAUGGGACAACUAUAGUGACCCACUUUCUCCCUUGGGCCAUACUACUGCAACUUCGUUUUUCAGUAAAUGCACUCCUCCAAUCAGUGCCAGUGGAAGUUCAUUAGAUGAACAACCACCACAUAUAGAGCCCUUUACAGGGCGUGAGAUAAAGUCAGAAGCUGAGGACUAUGCCUUGACCCCAGUAAGAGAAAGGGAAAGGGAUACUAUUACAAGAACUGAUGCUUUACUCCCUUCUGACUGGCUUGAACAAGGAUCUGGCAAAGGCUAUGGUGUCAAGGAUCAAGUUGUGAUGACCGAUGCCAUAGCAGCUCUUCUUGGUGACGAUCUGAGCAGUGACUACAAGCAGAUGGCUGCUUCAGGAACAUCGUCGGGGCCAAGUCAAGGAUGGGUACUUGGUUCUUGUGCAUGGAACAACAUGCCUGCUGUCUGUCAAAUGUCUGAACUUCCUUAGUGAUGAGAAAAUGACUUGUCUAUCAAGAAAACGCAAACCCGGCAUCUGAACCAUUUUAUUCUCAUACUUUGGUGCUUCAUCUAUCUAUUAUCAUGUGUUUCUUUUGACUUUACUGUCUUCGGGGUCAGAGUGAGUCAAGACAAUUGCUUCCGGCUGGUGUUUGUAAUAUGAUCAUUGUGGUCGGUCUGUGUUUGUUAUAUGAUCAUGUGGCGUAGAAUUUGCCUUUCUUUUCUUUCUGGGUCUCCCAUCUGUUGGGAAUGGAACAAUCAAAUGUAUGAACAUGU